AACGAAUUGGUUCACUUAUUGCACGUUCUUCGACAAUAAAACUCAACGAAAGUCGUUAUGGGAUUCUCUGUGCUGUUCAGUCUAUUUCUCUGGUCUUCGGUGCCGCUCGUUAUAAAUGCGGAGGAGAGGGGGACAUGCAGUUGUGCUGCAUUUUCGUCGGAAACGGAUACAGAACCUAUAAUCGAGCAAGAAUUGCGAUUGAACGUCGAGUGUAAUCAGAAAGGCUCGGAGCAAUGUCAACAUCUCUGUAUUGCAUUGGCGGAAAGUGCAAAGGAAAAAGUGCCUUGCCUAAUUUGCGAGAAGAUUAACAAGCACGUCGAGAAUAUGAAGGUGGCACUCUUUUCGAAGUCCUGCGGUUCACCGUCCUGGAAGUUCACCGGAAUAAAAAGUUCAGACAUGAUAUGUUGUCAUGAAGGAGAGGUAGCUGUCUGCAACGCGAGUAUGUUGACAAACGAGGAAUGAGAAAAGAAUUUUCCAAUCGAGUGUGUAUAAGAUUUCCUCUUGCAUUCGAUAGAAUCGAAUUUUUUUUGUAACGAGUAUGAUGAUAAUAAACAUAGAUUAAAUUUAC